GCUUCGGCGCAUAUUCGUUGAAUGGUCGGCCAUAUUGAUUUUCAGGAUCCAUGGAGCUAUAAAUGUAUCGCACUUCUUGACUGGAUUUGUGGAAAAAUUAGGACAUGUACCUCAAAGCAGACCUAGUGCACCGACACAGGGAUAUUACAGGAGUGGCGCUGGUGAUUUUCACCGCAGAGGCUGGGUGUCUUGUCCCUGUAUCUCGCAGCUAGCUAGCCCCUCCACAUAUUGGCUAGGGUCGGUUGCGGAGCCUUGGCAAAACUGGGAGCCUUAGCAAACUACAUGUAGGUUGUUGACAUCGCUACGGUUCCAGUGCCCGCCAUGUCAUCACGCACCCCUGUACUGUCUACUGUACACGAAGACAGGAGGCACCAUGGUCAUGGAGAUGAUUCAAAUACAUCAUCGUCGAGAAGUCGGAGUACAAGAAUGGGCGAUGACCAACCACACGUUGGUAGAUACCGCCUCAUCAAAACUAUUGGCAAGGGGAACUUUGCCAAGGUGAAACUCGCUAAGCAUAUACCGACAGGGAAAGAGGUGGCAAUAAAGAUAAUUGAUAAAACUCAACUAAAUCCAAGUAGUCUUCAAAAGGUGUACAGAGAAGUAAGAAUCAUGAAGCUAGUAGAUCAUCCUAAUAUAGUUAAACUGUUCGAAGUGAUAGAAACAGAGAAGACAUUGUACCUCGUCAUGGAGUUUGCCAGCGGCGGUGAAGUAUUCGACUACCUUGUGGCCCACGGCCGGAUGAAAGAAAAAGAAGCAAGGGCCAAAUUCAGACAGAUUGUUUCCGCAGUUCAGUACUGCCAUCAGAAAAGGGUCGUCCAUCGAGAUUUGAAGGCGGAGAACCUUUUGCUAGACAAAGACCUCAACAUUAAGAUCGCCGACUUUGGCUUCAGUAACGAAUUCACACCAGGCAGUAAGCUAGACACGUUUUGUGGAAGUCCGCCCUACGCUGCGCCCGAACUCUUCCAAGGCAAGAAGUACGACGGCCCGGAAGUAGACGUCUGGAGUUUAGGUGUUAUACUCUAUACCCUCGUCAGCGGCUCGCUACCAUUCGACGGGCAAAAUCUAAAAGAACUAAGGGAAAGAGUAUUACGAGGCAAGUACCGCAUCCCGUUCUACAUGUCAACGGACUGUGAAAACCUGCUGAAGAGGUUUCUGAUGCUCAACCCGGCGAAACGUGCCAAUCUAGAGACGAUCAUGAAAGACAAGUGGAUGAACAGCGGCUACGAAGACGACGAGCUCAAGCCGUACCAAGAGCCGGAGCUCGACUUCAACGACGAGCGGCGGAUAGAGAUCAUGCUCAAUAUGGGCUUCAAACGCAAAGAUAUCGACGACUCGCUCAGGAACCAUAAGUAUGAUGACCCCUAUGCCACGUAUCUCCUGCUGGGUCGCAGGGCACAAGAUUCAGAGGAAGCUGACUCCACGUCCAGUAGCAGCCUCUCGCUAACGCAGCGCAACGUCUCGGACAUGACCUCUGCCAUCUCCCCAUCGCCCUCCUCCCAUGGUAAGAAACAACAACAACAACAACGCGGCGUCCCCUCCAAUCAGAAAGAGAGACGAUUUAGUCAUGGCGGAGAAAAUUACGGUUCGCAUGUGACCAGUUCUUCGUACAAACGCCACAACAUUGACAAUGGGCUGAAGGAGAACAUUGUCAUGACGCGGCAAGGGCGGGCCAGCGCGGGCGCCAUCGGCAACAGCAAAGGAACGACGGGUAAAAUGGGCGGGACCACCACGCCCACGCUCGGAACUCCCAACAGCCAAGAAGGGUCGUCGUCACGGAAACAGAAAUCAGCUACGCCAAAGCACAUACCCAGCAACCCUGGUAUGACUAGAAGAAACACCUAUGUAUAUGGAGACAGAGACGCAACAGGAAGCAGUAGAACCAACGGCCAGAAUGAACGCUACAAUAUCCCUGGAAGGGAUCUUCCGGUAUCAACGGCGAGACCCAGGCAUCAGAAGUCAGCGUCCACCUCAGGGCAUCCUAACAAAGGCACGUCCCUACCGCCCCUAGAAGAUCCAACGGAUAGACCCAGCACGGCACCAGGCAAUAGACUACCCUUCCUCACUUCGCCGGCGGUCGGCGGCACCAACACGGGCAACAUACGCUUCCCGCGCGGCGUCCCCAACCGUAACACCUUCCACGGGGGCCAGGUCCGGCGGCACCCCAUGUUCAACGGGCCCAACGCCUCGCCCGGCAUGCAGGACGGCAUGGAACGCAACCGCAACUCCCUGUCCUUCUUCGGCAAAUUGUCGUCAAAGUUUGCAAGGAGGGCGCCCUCUAACUACAGUGACCUUGGAGUAGAUUACCCUCCAGAUCUACCGCCCCAAACUCGGCCUCCUACUGGCAUCAGGUCCAUCACUGAGAGGGAUCCCAAUCGCGAGGACCCCAUUAAGCCACGCUCGCUGCGCUUCACCUUCAGCAUGAAGACCACCAGCUCCAAGGAUCCGGACUCCAUCAUGGGCGAGAUCCGGCGAGUCCUGGAGGGCAACGCGGUGGACUUUGAGCAGCGAGAGCGCUAUCUCCUCUUCUGCGUGCACGGUGACGGCCGCGGGGACAACCUGAUCCAGUGGGAGAUGGAAGUCUGCAAGCUGCCCAGGUUGUCGCUCAACGGCGUCCGCUUCAAACGUAUCUCCGGUUCCUCCAUGGCCUUCAAAAACAUCGCCUCCAAAAUCUCCAAUGAACUGUGCUUGUGAAAAGUCAAUGCUUCUUUGCUCAUUUGAAUAUUUCUUUGUUUUUCUCUGUGGUUCCUCUGCUAGGCUUAGUCACUUUUUUUUUAAUUUCACUGUUUUUUUUUUUUAAGGACUAGCUUUAGGUGAGGUUCUGUAAAACAUGAUGCAUCAUCGAUUUGUUCUUAAAACAGAUGUUGAUCGUGGAGUGUGGCGGGCCAGCACAGACCUGACUUGGAGAGCUGUUUAAGCCACUGCACGAUAUUUGCGAUUCAAUGCAAACAUUCCUCUGUUUCAAACAUUCAUGUCAGACGCGAUCAAGAAAUAUAACUGCCACCAGCCUGUAUAUGCAAUCAUUUCUUCAUUUAGUUGGCUUGCUAGACAUAUCAACAAAAACAACAACCAACCGACAAACAAUUUUUGAAUGACCCCCUCUACAAAAAAAAAAACCUUGCUCAACGCACCCAAUUAAAUUUUCCAGCAGAAACACACCUUAUCAAAGUGAUUCUUUGAAAUAGUCCUAUUAUUCUCACUUCUUUUUUUUAUAAAUUAUUAAUUUUUUUGUGCAAUGACUAAUAUUAAAAAAAAAAAAUCUGAGCCUGUGAUAGGUGAGCAACACUUGGUGAAUUUUUUUUUAUCUGGUUUGGAAGACUUUUGAAGAAAAUUGGUUGCGGUCGGAUUAUUUUUCAGUAUGUUGCACAGUAACAGAGCUUGCUAAGUAUGCAGUGUCCUGUGAUGUAUGUCAGUUGUGACACUUUAUCGUGGUCAACAAAAGUUCUGAAGAAAUAAUUCCUGGAUGCUGUUUUUGUCUCAGGAAGAUUGGCGCCAAGAGUUUUUGAAAAGAAAAGUCUCCCGUAUAACCUUCAAGGCAAAUGCCUGAUUAGUAUCAAUAAAAAAAUCAUUUUCAGUUUGCGUGACACAGAUUGUCAUUUUUGGGUACCUCACCUUUCCUGGAAAACGAAAACAUUACAACCGACGAAGAGUGUCAAAGCACUUUAUAAGCUAAACCCAAUAUGAGGUCUAUUUGUGCGAAUACUUAAAAAAAUAAAAAUAACAAAAACGCAGAGUUGACUUGUAAAAAAAACCCAGCUUUCAAUCAGAUUUUCAAAGAUUCAUUUGUUUUUUUAAAAGCUAGAAAGUUGUGUUCCAAAGAGUGUACAGUCUCACUUUUUAUGUUUUUUUUUUUUUUUGUACAGUUUAGUUCCCCCAGGCUGUUUAUUACUGUCGUCAUUCAGUUUAUGUGACCGUGACUCGAAUCAACCGGCCAUGAUAACCAGCCAACCGGCGUGUGUAAAGUGUACAAAUUGAUUGAAUUAUACAACUAGAAAUCCCUCUGAGAAGGGCUCGACUGUACAUGCUUCGGUUUCUCUGUCCAGAUAGUAUGUUGCAAUCAACGGCUGUACAGAUUGUUGUUUUUUGUUGCCCAAAGAAAGUGCUUUGUAAUUUUUUUUAUUUUUUAUUCAUUAACCUUGUUCAUAUUUUUUUUUUUAGAAAUUAAGUUUAAUUUCAAAAUCCGACCAUUUUUCUUCGCCUUUCUCUCUCCACUGAAAAAAAACCUCCAACUUGUUUGAAAGCUUGCUGCGUGCAAUUGAAUGUUGACAUCCUUGUGUUGAGGAAAUGUUAUGUAAUUCGUAAAAGAAUAAAAUAAUCCCUCCCGAAAUAAAGUGAUGUUUGACUAAAGUGUCUGAACACAGAAAAGAAGACACUUGAAUCUGUCCAACCACGGUUCAAAAUUUCAAAUUCUGGAUGCUAGUUCAGAACAACAUUUUGCUGAAGAACGGAAUACAGCUCUCUCAACAUAGGGCUGUAUCUUUAUUUAAAAAAAAAAAUAUUUUGAAAGCUGUACAACUUUGAAACGUACUGCUCUUAUAAUCAAACUGUGAUCUUACCACAAAAAUAACAAGCCUAUCUCAUUUUUUUAUAUGUGCUUUUUGAAAGCUUAGUAGUCCAUUUUUUUUUUUUUUUUAAAUGUUGAUUUUUUUUUUCUGUAAGAGAAGCAUACAUUGUGAUUGUAUCUUUUUAAUAUGCGGGCAUUCCUGCACAAAGGAUCCCAACCAAUGGUUGUAAUGUGUACAGAUUUCACCAAUGAGAUACAGUAUGUAGAAACAGUGAGGAUAAUUUAAAAGUAUUGUAACUAAAUGUUGAUGUAAAGAUAACAUUAAAAUAAACAAAAAAAAAAGGUUGAUCCAAAAAACUUUAAACGGCAUGGAAACAAAACAAUUCUUAGUCAUUAGUGUAACAUUUUUAACAACAGCCAAACAGUGUGAGAAAACCUGUGAGAGAAGGCGAGACAUGGAGGAAUGGGAAUUAAUAAAUAUGGCAAGUUUUGGAAUAUUUAGCAGUGACAGGUCACAAACUUGAAAAUGCCAAGAAAUCCGACUCGAGCUAGUGUUUCCAAAAAUCAGCCAUUGACACUUUUAAUCAAGAUUGAUAUCGAUAACUGUACACAAAAAAAUGACAGAAAUCUUUGGUUUGUGAUGAAAACCGGUGAGUUUUUGUUUGUUUUGUAAUCUGUGAAAUCUCCUGGAUCUGUAGACCUUUAGAAACGUCACCCGUAGAAUUUUGUCACACUGCUUACCGGGUACCAGUGAUGUCUGGUACCCUGUAUCAUUUACACGGUUCUGAAUGGCUGAUUUCUAUCAGUCUAAUCAUCGUUGGUGUCUUGGAGUUGAAGGAAAGCGUAUACCGGUGUGAUAAAAUUCUCUAUAUCUCAGUGUAUUGUAAUUCACCGGAGUGAAUAUCACUUCCAUCUGGACUUCCUCUGUUUUGGGAUAUAAACGAACCAUCUGUCAUGGAUAAAUAAAAAGACUAGCAAAGUAAAGGAUCAAUGUGAUUCGCCCCUCUGCCUUUGUUUCAAUCCUUCAACAAACAAAGACACCUUUUGUUGUGAUCUGUAUUUAUAUACUAUUUGCGUGUCGUGUCUUUGGUUCCUAUGAUCGCCUGGCAAACAGCCAGGAAAACGUAUACAUACUGUAAAAACAAAAUGAAAAUUGGUCAAAAUGAUGAGCACUUUGUUUUGGCCACUGUGCCAGAACCUACAUUAUUUUUAUCUACAUAGAAAAAAAGCCCUGCUCGUGUUUAAAGUGUCACACAAUUGCCUGAGCCUAUGGUACAUAACUGGAAUUUUACGAUGCCAAUAGCAAGCGAGAAUUUGCAAGUAGAGACAAAAAUAACCUGAAAACACUUUAAUCACUUUACUGCUGCCUUUCCAUAAGCACAUUUUCAGUUCACAUUCAGCGUGUUCAAUUACUCCCCCCGAGCUUACUCGUGCAAACGCGACUGCGUUCGAUUUACCUCUCACAUGACUUCUCGUGCUUAAUCGAGCCUGGCCCAAGUAACCGACCCGCUGAGCCGGUUACUUGGGUAGGUAUCCCACUAGUUUGAAAAACUCCAGUUCCAAUGCUCAUCGGGAAUUCGACAUAAAGAUGCAAAUUCCCGAUGAGCAUUGGAGCUGGAGUUUCUCAAACCAGUAUCCCACAAUACAAUGCAAAAACAUGGCGGCUAACGUGAAGUCUAAUGCUACGGUGGUGGGAGAUUCAAAAGUGUCUCAGCUUCACUUCACACUAGUACUAAACGACGGGAGGAAAGUUAAGUUAAUUUUAAACAUACCCGGCAUUUCUUGUUCGCUUUUGGAGAGCACAUACAGUGGCCACUGUGGCUUGCUUUCGACAGCUCGAAUCCACUUUGUAGUGGCAUAAAUCUGUGCCGGCGAGUGGGUGGGGAUGGGGGAUGGCACAUUUUAAAAGCUUUGGUACUUUGUUUCUCCACUUUUCAGUUCUGUUGAAUACAUUUUGGUUGUAGGGAUUUUCGAAAAAUACCUUGAAAUUCGCAUGUUUUUUUUCUCAUCACGAAAAAGUGGGGAUGAUUCAAUAGCCCAUCCCCCCCCCCCCCCCCCCCGGAUUUCGCCCAUGCCAAUUUGCAGAGGGCAUUUAAUUGACACAUGACCCCUGGUUGCUAUUAUGGCUUGACUUCGCGUAAACCAAGAUUAUUCGUUUAUUGCUACAGAUUGCGCAUGUGCAUCUAGCCAUACCCAAGAUGAAAGUAUGGGUAAGCGCAAGGGAAGUUAUCGAACACGGUGAAUAAUUGUGUUGCUCGGCGUGUUCCAAGCUGUAGGCCAGACUAAGCGAUGGUCACAAAAUGGACUGGAAACAUGUACAUGGAAAUGCGGCUUAGUCAGAAUAGACCCUGAGCUUAAACGGGGGAGAAGCCAUCUUAAAUUUUCCCACAAGUUUUGGAAAGAGUCUGGUGCCAGUGAUGUGGUAACUCUCUUCAUAGCAAUCUGCACAGUGCUCUCGGGGCACCUGACAAAAGAUGCUUAUGGUGUUGUAAUAAAAAAUGCCUUGCUUUAAAUCC